AACAACACGAAGCGUGAAUAGAGGGAGGUGGAUCUCUUUCCGUUUUAUAGCAUCUUUGGAUCUCGCGCCCGUUGGCAAAUCUCGCGAUAUGAGCCAUCCGUGUCACUACGUAAUGUGCCGUGCUGCUUCUAGCGGCGCUGGUGACAGUGCUGAAAGCUGUUGGGUAUGAAGUAAAACGGAACCGAAUUUUUUACCAUUCGCAACUGCUUCAACGUUCAGAUCACAAGACAGAAGCCUGCAAACCUAAAAACGAAACAAGCAACGUUGCAACUCCCAAGAGACCCGUCAGAUACAGGAUCACUUCAAGGGUGAAAAGAGAAAAAUAAAAACGCACGACAAAGCAAAGUGAAACCAAAAAAAAAAAAAACCCUUCUAUUGACCAAAGACAAACAGGCCAGUCAACACAAGCAGAAGAAAAGCAAAUUUUACACCCAAGCAUACUUCGAGAAGACGACAAAUGAUCUGAAACCAGAAGUUUGUGCCUACUCAACAGCUUUGACAAAGCACACGUCCCAACGCUGCUCCUAGCCCUCCUCAUCCUCACCACACCGCCAACUCAGGAUUGGGGUGUGGAGUGAGCUGCUGUCUGCUAGUUUUUUUUUGUUUGUUUUUUUUUCAUCAUAGCUCCCUACACUUUACCCCCUUCUUCUCCCAUUGUUUUCAUCGCAUAUAUUUUUUUUAAGCAGUGUUUUUGUAAUCUGCAUUUUUUUGCUGUACAUUUCCUCCUCCUCUUUGCUUGAUGCAAGCAUCUAGAACUCGUGCCACAAGCCUGUAACGUGUGUGUGUUUGUGUGUGUGUGUGUGUGUGUGUGUGUGUGUGUGUGUGUGUGUGUGUGCACACGAGUGAAUGUGUGUGAAGAGAUCUUCAGGAACUGCACAGUCUUCAAGAACCUGAGAAAACCCCCUUUUCAAGACGACAAAGACAUCCAGCGGUGUAUCAUUGGGUGGUUGCAUUAGAACUAACCAUUGACAGUCAAGCCAAAAAAAAAAAAAACAUACAAAAAAACAAUUCAAGAAGAGAAAUUAGACUAAUCAAAAUCAAGCAAGUGUGGUUGGACUUUAUGGGAAAAUAUGGGCAGUCCCUGGAAAGGCUUUGUUGAGUUUACCAUGCCUGCGUCGCCACCCACCGCGUUUGUUAGCGCUGACCUGAGCAGCACAUCCCCUGUCGGACUCAGCCUGUCGCCGUAUGGCCGAUCUCAUAGCCAGCAAGUCCAAUCCACAAUGUCAAACAUGGAAAGGGGCUCCUCUGAACCACCGGUGGCUCGCAACACGGGUCCAUCAACCUCCACCGCUCCUAUGUCUAUUCCCCGCUCUUCCUCAGUCUCUUGCCGUCCCCAUCCAGGAAGUAAAAAACACAAGCGGACUCCCUUGUACCAGAGAUCAAUGAGUUUUGACCCAGGCAUGCUCCACAACAACGGUCACAACGCCUACGCUAACGGCUCAGGGCCCGGCAUCAGAGAAACUGGCGUGAUCGAGAAGCUGCUGACCUCCUACGGUUUCAUCGAGUGCUCCGAACGCCAGGCUCGUCUUUUUUUCCACUGCUCUCAAUACAAUGGCAAUCUGCAGGACCUCAAAAUUGGAGAUGAUGUUGAGUUUGAGGUGUCCUCUGACAGGCGCACUGGCAAGCCCAUAGCAGUGAAGCUGCUUAAAAUUAAGCCAGAGGUGCUGCCAGAGGAGCGCAUUUCAGGCCAGGUGGGGCCAGACCUGCACGCCUAUCCCUUUACUGUGCUGCAUGGUUAUAUUCAUCCAGUUGUCUCUUCAAUUCCUGGUCAUUUGGAUGGGAAGUCUGCACCUGGUCAGGUGCCCACCGGAAGUGUUUGCUAUGAAAGAAAUGGGGAAGUGUUCUACCUGACCUACGCUGCGGAUGAUGUGGAGGGCAAUAUCCACCUGGACACGGGCGACAAAGUCGGCUUUUAUAUGGAGACUAACAAGCACACUGGUGCGGUCAGUGCUCGUAACAUUCAGCUCGUGACAAAAAAGCAAAUGAGGUGCCAGGGUGUGGUGUGCGCUACCAAGGAGGCAUUUGGAUUCAUUGAAAGGGCUGAUGUGGUGAAGGAGAUCUUUUUCCACUACAGUGAGUUUAAGGGCGAUCUCGAAGCCCUGCAGGCGGGAGAUGAUGUUGAGUUCACCAUCAAAGAUAGAAAUGGUAAAGAGGUUGCUACAGAAGUGAGACUUCUCCCGCAAGGAACUGUCAUUUUUGAGGAUAUUAGCAUUGAACACUUUGAAGGCGCCGUCGUCAAGGUGAUCCCCAAGGUUCCCUCCAAAAACCAGAAUGACCCCCUGCCAGGUCGCAUUAGCGCUCGAAUCGGUUUUAGUGACAAAGAACUACCCUUUGGCGAAAAGGACACAAAGUCCAAGGUGACCCUUUUAGAGGGAGACCACGUACAGUUCAACAUCUCCACCGACCGGAGAGACAAACUGGAGAGGGCCACCAACAUCGACAUCCUCCCAGACUCUUUUGGCAUCACGAAAGAGACUCGUGAAAUGGGUGUGAUUGCUGCUAUCCGUGACGGCUUCGGCUUCAUUAAAUGUGUGGAUCGGGAUGCUCGGAUGUUUUUCCAUUUCAGUGAGGUCCUGGAGGAGAGCCAGCUGCACAUCUCUGAUGAAGUGGAGUUCACUGUCGUGCCUGAUAUGCUCUCAGCUCAGAGAAACCAUGCAGUACGCAUCAAGAAGCUACCCAAGGGUACAGUGUCUUUUCAUACCCAGUCUGAACAACGCUUUGUGGGUGUGGUGCAGAGGGAAAUCGGGGCACCUGGCAACAAAAACGCCAGUCCCAGCAAGAAUAAAGAGAAGGUGGACGCUGAGGAAGGAGUGAUCACGUAUGAAGACUGCGGUGUGAAGCUGACUGUGCCGUACCAUGUAAAGGAUCUGGAGGGGGGAUGUCACCCACAGGUUGGAGACAAGGUGGAGUUCUCUAUCAACGAAGUGAAAAGAAGCGGCCAGCAAAGUGCAGUCUCCAUCAGGGUCAUGAACCGCAACGCCUCCAAUAGCAAGCGAUUGCAGGGUUUCAUCGCCACUCUGAAGGAUAACUUUGGCUUCAUUGAGACGGCCAAUCAUGACCAGGAGAUCUUCUUUCACUAUAGUGAAAUGAGUGGAGACUUGGAUAGCCUUGAACUGGGCGACACAGUGGAGUAUUCACUUUCAAAGGGAAAAGGAAAUAAAGUCAGUGCUGAAAAAGUUGACAAAGUGGCUGCAGUGAACGGCAUAGGUGAAGAUGUUAGUACAACAGUGAUGACUGGUAAAGUCAUCCGUCCAAUACGCAGUGUGGAUCCCUCUCAGACAGAGUACCAAGGACUUAUUGAAGUCCUAGAAGAAGGUGGAGGUAAAGGCCAGACCUAUCCCUUUGGAAUCAUGGGUAUGGCAAAUAAGGCCGACUGUCUGCAGAAAGGAGAACAGGUGAAGUUCCAGGUUUGCACAAUAUCCCAGACUGGACAGAAGAUGGCCUGCAAUGUGGUUCCACAACGUCGAGCCUUGGUGGAGUGUGUCAAAGACCAGUUUGGGUUCAUUACAUAUGAAGUGGGUGAAAGCAAGAAGCUUUUCUUCCAUGUCAAAGAAGUGCAAGACGGCCUGGAGCUCCAGACCGGAGACGAGGUGGAGUUCUCGGUAGUCUUCAAUCAACGCACGGGAAAAUGUAGUGCCUGCAAUGUCCGCAGAGUCAGUGAGGGGCCAAAACCUGUGGUGACUCCGCGUCCAGACCGUUUGGUCAACAGAUUGAAGAGCAUCACUCUGGACGACGCCAGCGCCCCACGUCUUGUCAUCGUCAGACAGCCCCGUGGUCCAGACAAUUCAAAGGGCUUCAAUGUGGAGCGCAAGACUCGACAGCCUGGUGUCAUUGACUGAGCAAUACCUAUUGGGUGCUGGUAGGGGGGUGGGAAUGGGGGGUAGGGGGGUGAUUGAUUAAGUGAAACCCCAAAUAUCACAUGACUCUUACAACCACACAUGCAGCAAAUUUACCCUGUUGAAAUCUUUGUCACUAUCCAUAAAUGUGGGCUAACCCUACCCACCCCCACCCCUGUUGUGUAUGAUGUUCCUGAUGCGUGCACUUGAGAUCUUUUAGCGUGUGCAUGUGUGUUGUCACCCAGCUUUGUUUUGAAGUGGGGCUCAUCCCGAAAAUGAGAGAAUUGUGGCUGUCUUUAUCCCGACUUGUUUUUUUUUCUUUUUCCUUUCUUUGCUUAGUUUGGAAUUCUGCACCUGUAAACGUGUUUCCGACUGAAAGUUGACAGUGUUUGGCCUGCAUGUUUUUCGUAAGUGUCUUUUUUUUUUUUCCCAUGAUGUUAUCUCCUUUUUUUUGCUUCUUUCUGCCCACACAGACACUUGAAAACGGUUUAACGGUGAGGUUUCUGCUACUGUAUGCUUUCCUACAAAAUGCAUAAAGCAAAGUUCCCUCCAUAAGGAGGAUCAUAUUUCUCAUAUGUACCAGCUUCAACCGAUAUCUUCUUGUUCUGCUCAUUUUUUUGGAGCAGCUUUGAAAAUGCUUUACUUAACAGCAAUUUGAAAGCAUGGUGUGUGUGUGUGUGUUUGUGUGUGUGUGUCAGGAAUUUACUUGUAACUACCUGGAGCCUUUUUAAGAUACUUUUUUUGGUAUUCACAAGCUCCACGAAAGCAAUUUCUCCCAGGUGCAGAAUUCCUUGUGGCAUCUUAUACCUGUCAUUCUUUUUGUACUUUUUUUUUUUUUCAUUGAAACUCAUUAAAUAACAAGGUGCCUAAAAAAAAAAAAAACUUCAACAAGCAAAACAAAGGUGGAGGGAAGGAAGCAUUAAAAAAAAAAAAGACAUGAAAAAAAUAUAUAGUUAGGUUCCCAGCCAGUCGCCAACAUAAAGAACAAUCUUAGGAUGGCUUUCUUAUCUAAUAGAGAAGACAAUGAUAUGCAUCCCAAACCUGUGGGUUGAACUAUACUGUAUGUAUUGUGUGCUUUUUUUUUUUUCCUUAGUAAAAGUCAGACUUCAUAUAUAAGAGAACAAAUUUAACUUAAUGGGGCGGGACGGGGGAGAAAAAAGUAAGGUAUUAGAGACUAAGUUAAAAAUAAGACAACAUAAGGAAAAAUACCGGUGUUUUUGUUUUGUGUCUGCACAUUACAAUUUACUGGUGGAAAAUAACUUUCAGAGAUCACUGGGCUUCAGUUGAACCACAUACGCAGGUUCUGGUGUACUUUUGUUAAUGGUCUUGAAUGAAUAAACAAAUUAAAAGUUUUAUGGAAAUCAA